AUCCAAGCUAACCUGCGCCAGUACCCUGCCAUAUUUUUUCAUCUCAGAAGAUCAUGAUAACCUUUCAUUUCAUCAUCACCACACCAUCUUUCUUUCACUGUUCUGAAUUACUAUUUCUCUCUUCUAAAUUUCUCUCUCGCAAUAGUGGUUAUGGCGGAGGGUUUUGAGCCCUACCAUGUCCCACAACAAAGCCGAAGAGAUAAGCUUAGAAUUGUGGCUCAAAACCACCCCUCCGUUGAACCACUUCAAGGCUGCUCCGGUUUACUCCCUCUCUACGAUCCUUCCCUUCUCUCCUCUGAUUUGUUAACCUGCGCCAACCCAUCUGCUUCCCAUGACUUCCUGCAUCAGAAGAACAACCCAGUUUGUGUUGUGAAAGAAGAGGGUGUCAAUUUUAUGGGUUUUGUUUCUUCUUCUGCUCCGGCCAGUCACCUUUAUUUGGAUCCACAAUCGUCUUUGCAGAUGAACCCUAGCUCUAUCCAGGUCAUGAAUGCAAACCCAUUUCUAUACGCACCUCAAAACCUAAGAGAGUUCGAGAACUCCUAUAAUAGCGGCGAGGUUGUCGUGUUUAAACCAGAAUCUAGUACCUGUGGUCAAGGUUUAUCUCUUUCUUUAUCUUCCCACAAUCCCCACCAAAACAAUCUCCCUCUAGAGCUGAAUUUACAGCGGUAUGGUGGCGGGUAUGUGGUUCCUGGCAUUAUAGGCGGCAGUGCUUCGACGUCCAACGAGGUAUCCAGGAGUUCGGUUCCUCUGGGACCGUUCACCGGUUACGCGUCGAUUUUGAGGGGAUCGAGAUUUUUGAAGUCGGCGCAGCAGUUAUUAGAGGAAUCAUGCGACGUCGGGAGCGAAAUUUACGCCGAGAAAAUCGCUCCCGAUUCUUCGUUGAUGGAUCCUCCCAUGGAGAAUUUGAGCGCUUCCGCAAUUAUGGACGAUCCGGGUAGCAUCGGCGACGGCGGCGAAAAUAAAAGGAAGAAGUCUAGGCUACUCUCAAUGCUUGAAGAGGUUUACAAGAGGUACAAACAAUACUACCAACAAAUGCAGGCUGUAAUAGCAUCUUUUGAAUAUGUUUCUGGGCUAGGCAAUGCUGCUCCAUAUGCAAACUUGGCUGUAAAAGCCAUGUCUAAACAUUUCAGGUGCUUGAAGAAUGCAAUCACUGACCAGCUUCAGUUCACCAAUAAAGCUCAAGGUCAGAUAAGCCCUGGGAAAGAUAGUGAAGUUCUUAGGUUUGGAAGUAGUGCUGACAGAGCCCUGUAUGGCCAGAGGCCCAUCCACAACUCUGGCUACCUUGAGCAGCAACCUGUUUGGCGGCCCCAAAGGGGCCUUCCUGAACGUGCCGUAACAGUCCUUAGGGCUUGGUUAUUCGAACACUUCUUACACCCCUAUCCUACUGAUACAGACAAGCUAAUGUUGGCAAAACAAACUGGUCUAUCACGUAGCCAGGUGUCUAAUUGGUUUAUCAAUGCAAGAGUGAGGCUUUGGAAGCCAAUGGUGGAAGAAAUACACAUGCUAGAAACAAGGCAAGCUCAGAAAACAUCCCAAAAGGAGGACCAAAAUGCCAACAAAUCAAGCGAUCAUUUAACAUCAGUGAAUUCUUUCACUUCUGAGAAUCCGUCUACAUCGACUCAUAGGGUACAAGACACCCCAUCCAAACGUACUAGAAGUGAACUUCCAGACAUACCGACAGGAAGUGAACCAUUGAACUUGUCCUAUAACAAUUUGUCAAGUCAACCCCAUGUUGGUGUUGGUGUAAGCAUGGCAGGUGGAAGCAGUGGUGUUUCCCUGACUCUCGGUCUUCAUCAGAAUAACGGGAUUGGCUUGUCAGAGCCCUUUCCCAUCAAUGCAGCUCAACGCUUCGGACUUGGCCUCGAGGUAAGUAGUGAGGGCUAUGUAAUAGGUGGUUUUGAAGCGCAUAACCGGCAUUUUGGAAGGGAUGUUAUGGGAGGACAGCUUUUGCAUGAUUUUGUUGGUUAAAAAGUGUUGAGAUUAAGAGCUUUUCUGGUCAUUAUUGAAUUGAAUAUAUAGUUGUAUUAUAUAUUAUACUAACAAAUUAAGUUUCACAUAGAUGAAGUCUGUACGUCUUUCCAGAAAUGCAAAGCUGAAAACAAGAGUAGUCGAAGGUUCAUGUGCCAUCAAAUUGCGAUGAAAUAGUCUUUAGAAAGAUUAUCUUCGGAAAUAAUUGGUGUAAAAUUGCUCUGUAAAUUUAUAAUAAUUUACUCUAUGAUUA